AUGAACUGGGUUGGUGGCAGCCGGAGCAGAAUUGUAUUAAAGCAGGAAAGGAGAAAGCAAAAGGAAUUCUUUGAAAAGAGGAAACUUAAAUCAAAAAUGAAGCUUCUGGGAGUAUCAUCUCCUAAAAGUUCAGCAGUCAGUUUAGAUCUCCUCAAUCUGUAUGUUGUUAACCAGAUAUCAAACAAAAAAGACAACACCGAGAACAUGCGGAAGCCAGUCCAUGUUGAUAUCACUGAAGAUGUAAAAAUCCCUGUUCAGAGGCACAACAUAGAGCUUCCCACAUCACCACUACGUACACAACAUAUGUCAAACUUAGAUGACAUCCAGAACAGGUUACAAAAGCAAGUAUUGGACAGCAGAAGGCAGCACCUCUCAGAGAAAGUAAAAUACCAGCAUAAUUUAUCACAAGUAACAGAAUUCACGUAUGAUGGCUCUACUAUGGAACAUGAAGACAACAUAGCAAGAGCUUUUAGUGCCUGUCCAUUGUCCUCUUCUGUUUUUCGGUCCUCUAACUGUACACAAUUUUCAGAGGAAAAUUUCAACACAAACCUAAUGGGCAACACUUGGGAACAGUCCUAUGAAGAGAAGCUGCAAACCCAGCCAGGAAAUAGUUCUGAUCAGGACCCUUGGAUAACAAAAUAUCCAAGACACUGUAUUUUCAGGGAGUCUGAUACAGUGCCUCAGGAACUAUUUAAGCCAUUGCAUAGGCUAGACUAUAUGAAUUCUGCCAGAAAAAAUCCAGUGAUAAUGACCAGUGACGAAUCAGAAAACAGUCAAGGAAUAAAAGACCCAUUGUUUGAUGUUGUGAAAGAAACUGCAGAACUGAAAGCUCCCCAAGAUUGUUCCUUUCUGGCACUGUUUGAAGAUGAGACCCAACCAAUCCAUAAUAAACCUUCCACAAAGCAUUUUAAUCCUUUUGUUAACCAAAGCAGCACUGCUAUUUUUUCCAUUGAUCCUGACGAUAGAAAUCAAAUGAGCAACAGAAAUUACCCUUAUGAUACUAGGGAGGCUUAUCCUGCAAUCAGUGCAAAAAGAAGUUCGAUAGACAGAAACCUUGAAGGCAUUUUCACAGCUCCAGAACAGGUUUUACUUAAAAGUAACAAUACCUCAAGUGCAACCUACAAGAAAAGCAGUGGACUUCAUAAAACCUACCUGCAGGACUGUCAUGAGCAACAGCACUACUUCAUACCCUCUGAAAACAAAGAAAAACCUGCAAACCUUGAAAAAAUUGAGACAAUUGCUUAUCACCAUGAUCAGCAGAUUAACUUAAAGGACAAUGUGCAGAAAUAUUCAAGAAAAAAAAGUGACGACAAGUCUGUGAAAGAAUCCACCUGGAGACAGAAACAGCUCUUUGGAUUUGAACAGUUCACAACAGCACAAGAGAAAGAGUAUAAGUUUGGAGUGAGUUCAAAUCUUCACGAGAUGGAGAAGGAUGCGGAGUCAUCACUCAGCAGCCAGUCUCCCAGUUACUCUCCAAGGCAGACAGAGAGCUGUUUCAGCUCUAGUCCCGACACGUCUGAAGAGGAAGACGAAGCCAAAAAGAAGGAAUAUCUGAAUGAACGGUCCUUGAAGAGAGAGGAUGCCAACCUAAUCCCAGCCUCAGCAAGUACAGAGCCCCCCACGGCCUCUCACACCAGAACUGUGCCUCUCCAGCCCAGCAGUAUUUUGACUAGAGGAGAAGAAAACCAUCUUCAGGAGAAGGACUCUAUUUCAUGUGCCACAGAGGAAGAAAAUAAAAACCACACUGCCCCAUCUGAGGGCAGCUCAUCACACCUCACCCUUAAAAGACAGCAUGUCACUCUCAGUACCAGGUGUGAUGUUUGGUCACAGACUGAGAGCUCUGUUAGAGAAGUAGACAAAGUGGAUGUUGCCACCCAGUGUGGCACCACGCGGGUGUGCAGCUGUGGGAGCUCCCUGCCCUCUGCCCGCAGCCCAGGAGGGCUCCCUCCUCCCAGUGACACAGGCACCGCUGGAGGGCACAAAAUGCCAGCGCAUGAGGUGCUGCAGCCUGCAGGAAUAGCGGCGUUUUCUUCUGAAGCCGAGUAUCUGAGUUUGGCUGGCAGAAGGACUCUAGAGGUGCUCAACUACAUUGAUAUAAUGAAGGAGAGAGAUAAGCAGUGA